AACGCUGAAACAGUUCUAAGCUGUAUGUCGAAAUUUCGGAAGAUGUCGUGGAUUGGGUAUUGACGUGGAGUAGUUUGUGUUGUAUCUUUAAGUGUCAUAUUGCAAAGUAAUAAUGUACGCUUUGAAACGGGAUAAAAAGGAAGAGGAAGACGGUGGCAGUGGAAAUCUAUUUAAUAAUUUGGAGAAAACAGCAGUUCUCCAAGAAGCUAGGACUUUUAACGAAACUCCUUUGAAUCCCAGAAAAUGUGCACAUAUUUUGACUAAAGUUAUCUAUCUCCUCAAUCAGGGAGAACAGUUGGGUACUGUUGAAGCAACUGAAGCAUUUUUUGCUAUGACCAAAUUGUUCCAAUCGAAUGAUCCCAUUCUUCGUCGUCUAGUUUACCUGUGCAUCAAAGAGUUGGCUGAAAUAGCUGAAGAUGUGAUAAUUGUAACUAGCAGCUUGACUAAAGAUAUGACUGGCAAGGAAGAUCAAUAUAGGCCUGCUGCAAUUAGAGCUCUGUGUACCAUUACUGAUGGUGGUAUGCUGCAAGCUAUAGAGAGGUAUAUGAAGCAGGCAAUCGUUGAUAAAAAUAGUUCUGUAUCAAGUGCUGCUUUGGUGUCAUCAUUACAUCUGAUGCAGUCAAGUCCAGAUGUAGUGAAAAGAUGGGUGAAUGAAGCUCAGGAAGCUGUGAAUUCUGAUAAUGUUAUGGUUCAGUAUCACGCCAUGGGAUUACUUUAUCAAAUCAGAAAAAAUGAUAAACUAGCUAUCUCCAAACUUCUCACAAAAUAUACUAGGAAAUCCUUGAAAUCUCCAUAUGCAGUAUGUCUGUUGAUUCGAAUAGCGUGUAAACUAAUUGAAGAUGAUGAAGCUGGACCAGAAAGUCCUCACUUUGAUUUCAUAGAGAGCUGCUUGCGACAUAAAAGUGAAAUGGUUAUAUAUGAGGCAGCUCAUGCUAUAGUCAACAUGAAAUCUACUACUCCCAGGGAACUGGCUCCUGCUGUGUCUGUCUUGCAAUUAUUUUGUGCAUCACCUAAGCCUACAUUAAGGUUUGCCGCUGUCAAGACAUUAAACAAGGUAGCAAUGACUCAUCCAAAUGCCGUAACAGCAUGCAACAUUGAUCUAGAAAACCUUAUAACAGAUUCAAACCGUAAUAUUGCAACACUAGCUAUUACUACAUUACUGAAAACUGGCAGCGAAAGCAGUGUGGAUAGACUAAUGAAACAGAUCACUUCAUUUAUGUCGGAAAUUUCGGAUGAAUUUAAGGUUGUAGUCGUGCAGUCUAUAAGAUCAUUGUGUCAGAAGUUUCCUCGGAAACAUAAUGUAAUGAUGAACUUCCUGUCUGGUAUAUUACGAGAUGAAGGAGGCUUUGAAUACAAGAAGGCAAUUGUUGAUACAAUCAUAAAUGUAAUUGAAGAUAGUCCAGAAGGGAAAGAAGCCGGUUUAGCUCACCUUUGUGAAUUCAUUGAAGACUGUGAACACACCUCUUUAGGCGUUAAAGUAUUAUAUCUGUUGGGAAAAGAAGGUCCAAAAACAUCUCAGCCGGGCAAAUAUAUUCGAUAUAUUUACAACAGAUUAAUUCUUGAGAAUGCUCCAGUGAGAGCAGCGGCUGUUAGCUCAUUAGCCAAGUUUGGUGCUCACUGUGAGGAACUUCUUCCAAAUGUUACAGUUUUACUUCAGCGUAGCCUUUUAGACACUGACGAUGAAGUGCGUGACAGAGCAACAUAUUACUUGAACAUCUUAAAUGAGAAACAAAAAGGCCUUUAUUCACAGUAUAUUCUAAAUGGUUUGCAGGUAUCAAUUGUAGGUCUGGAAAAAGCUCUUCAUCAAUAUACUCUUGAACCUUCUGAGGCGCCUUUUGACAUAAAGAGUGUUCCACUUGCUACUCAACCAUUAACUUCAGAAGAAAAGAAAACAGAAGUACCAGUUAUUGGUAAAUCUAAAGAAAAAGUUGCUGCAUCUCGGCAAGAUAUAUUUGCUGAACAAUUAGCUGCUGUUCCUGAGCUUGUUGCUCUAAAUUUGGGUCCAUUAUUCAAGUCAUCACUUCCCAUCGAACUUACAGAAUCUGAAACAGAAUUUGUAGUGAGAUGCAUAAAACAUACAUUUACUAAUCACAUUGUACUUCAGUUUGAUUGUACAAAUACAUUAUCAGAUCAAGUUUUAGAAAAUGUGUAUGUCCAAGUUGAACCAAGUGAUGGAUUUGAAGUAGUCUGUUAUGUUCCUUGUUUAAAACUUCAAUAUAGUAUACCUGGAACAACUUAUGCUUGCGUGAGCCUACCUACAGAUCCUCUUGUAGUUAUUGGUACAUUUGGCAAUACUUUAAAAUAUCUAGUAAAAGACUGUGAUCCAAAUAGUGGUGAGACAGAUGAUGAUGAAGGCUAUGAAGAUGAAUAUGUGUUAGAAGAUUUGGACAUUUUAUUAAGCGAUCACAUGCAGAAAGUUUUAAAAACAAACUUCAGUGCAGCAUGGGAAGAAGUCACUGCCAAAAAUGAACUCGAAGAUACCUAUGCUUUUAAUUUAAAAACACUUGAAGAAGCAAUUAAGAACAUUUUACAUUACCUGGGAAUGCAGCCAUGUGAACGGUCCGACAAAGUGCCAGAGAACAAGAGUUCACAUGUCCUUUAUCUGUCCGGUGUCUAUCGUGGAGGACACACUGUUCUAGUGAGAGCAAAAUUGGCUCUACGUGCUGAAACCGAAGGAGUAACUAUGAACAUUGCAGUGAGGAGUACUGAUCCUAAUGUCAGUGAAGUAGUGGCAUCAAUCAUAGGAUAAUUAUUUGUUUCAUGGUAUAAAGUGUACAUUUUUUGCAACAGAAGCCGACAACCAAAGUGUCGGGACUAUAUGUAUUUGUUAAUGAUGAAUAUCAUAUGUAUUUUAUAUAUUUUCUUUCCUGGCACCAUCAGUCAGAUCCGUAUUCGGAGCCUCAAUCAUCCUGUCUUCCUUUUCUUGUGAUUUGUUUUUCAGCAACCAUUAAUGCUCAUUCUGGCAAUUUUGCAUUUUUACACAUCUUAGCAGUUUUAAUUCAGUUUUUACACAAAGUUAGCCCUCAGUUUUAAGCUAGUUUUGUUUAAAAAUGUUUGGUUUUAAAAGGCUGGUUGUAUAUUAAGAAUAUACUCUGAAUUUAAUCGCUUCAACUUGUGCAAUAGGAAUUGAAACUAAUUUUAAUCAUUUUUCAAAUUUUUUGUUAAAUUGUGAAAUUUUUUAUUUUAUAUAUUUUUAUAACUGCAAAUUGCUAGGUAAUAUUUUUUCGCUAAUUAAAAUUUGUUCUAAUAAAAAUUAUUUGUAUUUCUCUUGUAGAGAUUAUUCAACUUUUGUGUGCGAGUAAUUAUUUAUUCUAAAUAAUUAAAUUUAAAAGGCUCUGAUUCGUACUGUGGUUAAAAUAGUUUUUAUAGUAAUUUCACCUUAGUUUGAGUAUUUUGGGAAGACAUUUCUGAACAUUUAUCAGAUAUGAUAUGGAAAAGGUAAUUUUUGUAAUUUUCUCGAAAAAAUUUAUAUAAAUAUAUAUCAUUCCAUACCACUCAUCAACUUCUGUUUCAUUAUUGUUCAAAUAAAAAUAUUAGCUAUUUUCAUUGUA